AUGGUGCCAAAAGCUAAGAAGGAAGCCCCUGUCCCUCCCAAAGCCAAAGCCAAAGCAAAGGCUUUGAACGCCAAGCAGCCCAAAUAUCCUGGAAAAAGCGCCCCCAGGAGAAACAAGCUUGAUCACUAUGCCAUCUUCAAGAUCAGCCAUAAAGAAAAUAUGCUUGUGUUCAUUGCGGAUGUCAAGGCCAAUAAGCACCAGAUCAAACAGGCUGUGAAGAAGCUCUACGACAUUGAUGUGGCCAAGGUCAACACCUUGAUCAGGCCUGAUGGGAAGAAGGCAUAUGUUCAACCAGCCCCUGACUAUGAUGCUUUGGAUGUUGCCAACAAAACUUUUCACACUGGCCUUCAGCCAGGCUAUGACAAAGUGAGAAGAUCCUUGCCAGUUCCUAUCUGGCAGAUCCAUGUGACUUGA